CACCCUCUCCCCUUCUACUCUUCCCCUUCCUCUUGUUUGUCAACGGUCUUUAUGUGUGGGCUUGCCUAUAUUUAUACUCCAUACCACCUAAUGCCACCACCACCAUCUCCACCUCCAUUAACAAUCCAUUUCUUUCUAAUCUCUUCCUUUCCACCUCUCUGUGGAUCUGCAGUUUUUUCUUUAAUCUACGAAAAUAAUCAACAUGAGCCCACAACGUGAUGAUCAACACCACAGCAAGAGAGAGGUCCAGGGAACAAGGCCUUCCCCACUGAAAGUGAACAAGGACUCCCAUCAGAUCCACAAGGCUUCUUCUUCAGCUUCCUCCUCUUCCUCCUCUUCCUCCGCCUCCUCCUCGUUCACGCAGCAGCGGCAUCCCGUUAUAAUCUAUACCCACUCCCCCAAGGUGAUCCACACUCAGGCUCAUGAUUUCAUGGCUUUGGUUCAGAAGCUCACCGGGCUCUCCAGCUCCGACGCCCCCUCGUCGCUGUCGCAGCCGCCGCCACCUCCGCCGCCACCACAACAGCCUUCUUCGCCACCAUCUCCUACCCAGCCACAGCCACAACCGCCUCUGGGGCUGUCAUGCGGAGAUCUGGAAGAGUUGGCAAUGAAGAGUUCGAGAAGCGGACGUGAGGAUGCGUCGUCGUCGGUGGUGACCGAUGACCAUUGUGUUGAUAUUCCGGCGAGUACGUCUGCGGUGUCUCCCAUGUUCGAGGUGCGCAACCCGUUUUUCUCCGACAUUCCGCUGUAUACGCCUACUGCAUCCGAUUACUACUGCUCGCCGCACCAUCUGUAUAGAUUCGCAGACCCAGUUUUCUCUCCUACAACUCUUGGGGGUUCCCUUUCUCCCAACAUCAUGGAAGUGCUCAAGGCCUUCCCUGAAUAUUGAUCACAGAAGCAGCAGCUUAUUAAUGGAGAUGAAGUAAAGCGGUUCAUCGUCUAGGAUCUUAUAAUUCGAUUUUUCUGUUCUUUUUGUUAUUCUUAGAGAUCCUCUUUGAUGAUCUGACUUUCUUGUGAAUCAGCUGAUUAAUUCAUUUUUGCCCAACUUAGAGAACUGCGCUCUAUGUGGAUCAGUUGCUUUCAAUUUUUUUUCCUUUUUAGUUUCUUAUUUUUCCUUCAGUGGGAUCGAAGGGAUAUAUUUAUCUUAAUAAUAUACCUUAUUUCA